UUAUUGGCUCGAUAAUCGAAAAAAUCUGCUCGAUAUGUUCGAUACCAAAGUUAUCGCGGCUGACAAGUAUCAAUGGGCGCGUAUCGACAAAUUGGCCGACAAAUUUAAUUCGAAAACAAUGCGUAAAUGUGAUAUUUGUAAUAAAACGGAUGAGGGAAGCGAAGAUGACGAUGUUUACAUGUACGGAGAGUGGAUGACCAAAUGUAAAAUCACAGUGCAUUAUUUUUGUUUGAUGCUCUCAACACAUUUGCCACAACAAGGCGGCGACUCCAGUGGAAUACUCGGUUUCCUGAUACGUGACAUACGCAAAGAGAUCCAGGCGGCACAACUACGCAAAUGCUUCUAUUGCCUUGGGCCAGGCGCCAGCGUAGAGUGCCACAAGUGUCAUGAAAUCUUCCAUUUGGCCUGCGGCAUGGAAAGUCAUUGUGUUAACUAUUUCCGAGAUGACUUUCGUAGCUAUUGUAAGGAUUGUGCACCACGCGACCAAUAUCAAAAGCAACUGAUGGCGGCGCCACAGUCAGUUUUCAAAAAUCUACGUUGCGACAUUUGCUUUGACAGUAUCCGUGUGUUUAUAUUGUCCAAGGUGGUGUAUGGCGACUGUUGUCGCAAGGGAUUUGCCCACAAGAUCUGCAUGCGACGCUAUGCUUAUUCAUCCGGCUACUAUUUGCGUUGUCUGUGGUGUCGUGAUGAGAAAUUUCACGAGACGAUUAAGCUGCAGUCGGUCUUUGUGCCAGAUCGCGAUGCUACUUGGGAGCUACAGAAGAAUGCAUAUAGCGAAUUGCAUUCAAAGCCCUUGCAUUGUGAUGAAACCGAAUGUUUGUGUCCCAAGGGUAGAAGUUACAGUAAAACAUAUAACUGGAUCAUCCAGUUGUGCAUAACAUGCGCAGCCUAUGGUUCGCAUUUCAAGUGCCGGAAGGAUGGUACUAAAGAUUUCAAAUGCGAAUUAUGCAAAGUAAUCGAAGCGAACAUGCAGAAAUCAAAAGACAGAAACAAAGAGCAAAAUUCACAAAACAGCAACAAGGACCAAACAAAUACAAAGAGUCAAUUGGAUACCUCAUUAUAUUUGUCCAAGAAUUCGCCAUCGCUAGCAUCGGAUGACGAGGCGCUUCAUGCCACAGACGAGGAGAGCUGCUCCACUGAGGCCAGCAUUGUAACAGUUAUUGCCUCGCAACUUCGCAAAUCGACGAUCUCAGAACCAGACGAAACACCAACACCUGGAGCUGAAGUUGCUGUUGAAACACCAACACCAAUACUAACAACUGCAGCUGAAGUUGCUGUUGAAACACCAACACCAACAUGUGAAGAUGCUGUUGAAACACCAACACCAACACCUGCUGUUGAGGCAUCAACACCAACACCUUCAGCUGAGACUGAGGUUGCUGUUGAGGCAAUGGUGAUUGAUCUGCCGGAUUCGCAGAAGAUAGAAUUCCGUUUGCCGCAACCGCCACCAACACCUGAAGUUGCUGUUGAAACACCAACACCAACACCUGAUGUUGAGGCAUCAACAUCAACACCUGCAGCUGAGGCUGAAGUUGCUGUUGAGGCAAUGGUUAUUGAUCUGCCGGAUUCGCAGAAGAUUGAAUCCCGUUUGCCGCAACCGCCACCAACACCUGAAGUUGCUAUUGAAACAUCAACACCAACAACUGCUGUUGAGGCAUCAACAUCAACACCUGCAACUGAAGUUGCUAUUGAAACACCAACACCAACACCUGCUGUUGAGGCAUCAACAUCAACACCAACACCUUCAGCUGAGGCUGAGGUUGCUGUUGAGGCAAUGGUGAUUGAUCUGCCGGAUUCACAGAAGAUUGAAUUCCGUUUGCCGCAACCGCCGCUUUUACUCCGCAAGAGCUUCACGCAUGGCGAACACUUCUAUUUGCAGGUCUAUGACUAUCAGGAGCAGUAUCCGGAGCGCUGCGUGGGCACUUGGACUUUCCGCUUUCUCUUGAGCGAUGCACGGAUUCAUGAUUGUUCUGAGCAAGCGUUGGUCCAGCUGCAGCCAACAAUGUCAGAUGUUUGGACGCGUGGUAGAAAUCGUGGCAUCUACGACAGAAUUGAUCACAAAGAAAAGGAGCUGGCAAUGUCAUCAAUUUAAACUAAAGUGCUUGUCAACAUAUGAAUAUUUGUAAUGCUCAUCCGUUUAACUGAGUUAAUCGAACAUCUCUAGUAAUAUUGAAAAUUUUUUUUUUAUAAAAAAUUGCUUUUGCUUUGCAUUUCUGAAUUUCUCCUGUGAACAUAUAAUUUAUUUC